CUUCCCAAUAUAUUCUUAUAUAUGCUACCAAUAAGGCCAUGUGACGAUCAAGCUUACACUCAAACAAAUGCCCCAAGAAAAUAUCAAACACGACAAUGCCGAAUCCAAUGCGUCCGUACCUUCUUCUAUCUCUAGUUUUCUUCUUCAACCUGUAUCAUUCAAUGGCAGUUUCAGAUCCUACUCAUCAAGCCCUUCUUCAAUGUUUAACCCAAUCCAUUCCCACUGACACAGCUUCCUCCAUUAUAGUCUCUAAAUCCAACCCUUCAUAUACUUCUGUUCUACGUGCUUACAUUCGAAACGCCCGUUUCAACACUUCUUCAACCCCUAAACCACUCAUCAUCAUCACUCCUUUAGAUGAAUCCCAUGUUUCCGCCGCCGUUAUUUGUUCCCAAAAACUUGGGUUUCAACUCAAAAUCCGUAGCGGCGGCCAUGAUUAUGAAGGGUUGUCUUAUGUUUUUGAUAAACCCUUUUUUGUUCUCGAUAUGUUUAACCUCCGGUCAAUAACGGUUAAUAUGGCUGAUGAAACAGCUUGGGUCGGUGCUGGUGCUACACUCGGUGAACUUUAUUAUAACAUUUGGAAAAAUAGUAAAGUUCAUGGUUUUCCGGCGGGGGUUUGUCCUACUGUUGGCGUUGGUGGUCAUUUAAGCGGUGCUGGGUAUGGUACUUUGAUAAGAAAGUACGGUUUGUCGGUGGACCAUGUCGUGGAUGCUAAAUUAGUCGACGUGAAGGGAAAAAUCCUUGACCGGAAAGCCAUGGGGGAGGACCUUUUUUGGGCUAUAAGAGGCGGUGGAGCAGCCAGUUUCGGCGUUGUCUUAUCUUAUAAAAUAAAACUCGUCCCUGUACCGGAGACCGUCACCGUUUUCAGAAUCGAAAGAUUAUUAACUGAAAACGCCACCGAUAUAACAUUCAAAUGGCAAACCAUUGCUCCGACGACCGACGAGAAUCUGUUCAUGAGAAUGCUUUUACAACCGGUGACUAGAAACAAGAAAAAAACGGCGAGAAUCACUGUAAUCGCUUUGUAUUUGGGAGAUUCCGAUAGUCUCGUGUCUCUUCUACAAAAAGAUUUCCCGGAAUUAUCCAUCGGAAAAUCAAACUGUAAUGAAACAACAUGGAUCGAUUCAGUUCUAUGGUGGGCUAAUUUCGAUUUAGGUACACCACCGACGGCUUUACUCGAUCGGGAUCUUAACGACGCCGGUUUUCUAAAACGAAAAUCAGAUUAUGUUCAGACCCCAAUCCCUAAAUCUGGGUUAGAAUCACUUUGGCAAAAAAUGAUCGAACUCGGCAAAGUCGGGAUGGUUUUCAAUGCUUACGGCGGCAGAAUGGACCAAAUCAAACCCGAUGAAACGCCAUUCCCCCACCGUGCCGGAAACCUGUAUAAAAUUCAAUACUCAGUGAACUGGGAUGAACGUGGAAAUGAAGCAGAUAAGAAUUUCACAACUCAAGCUAAAUUACUUCAUGAUUUUAUGACACCAUUUGUGUCUAAAAAUCCAAGGAGUGCUUAUUUCAAUUAUAGAGAUAUUGAUGUUGGAUCUACUAAAAAAUGGAGUUAUGAAGAAGGGAAAGUUUAUGGAGAAAGUUAUUUUAAUGGGAAUUAUGAAAGAUUGGUUGAUGUGAAGACUGCUGUUGAUCCUAAUAAUUUCUUUAGGAAUGAACAGAGUAUACCACCUCGAUCAAGUAAGAUUUAGACACCCAAUUUAGCAAUUGUUUCCCAACAUUUAUGUAUAACAUAGUUUUUCUUUCUUUUUCUAAUAAUACAAUGUUCUCGAAGGCUUUCAUUGGUAAUAA